AUGACCAAGUUAUCGCCGCUGGUCGUCUCGUCGUAUUCGAUACACGAUGUACGCUUUCCCACUUCGCUCACCGGAGAUGGCACGGACGCUAUGAACAAGUCUUGCGACUACUCGGCUGCUUACCUGAUCCUGUACACAAGUCCCAAAGAUGACGCUGAGAUAGUCUCUUAUCGCGGGCGUGAGAACGAAGCCAUCAAUGCAGCUGUCAAGGAGGACGGCUCGCUUCGAGGAUUCGGAAUGACGUUUACCAUCGGCAAAGGCAAUGAGAUCUGCUGUCAGGCGAUCGCCUCGAUUGUCGAGGAGCUGCUCCUGGGCCGAGAGAUCGAGCCACUCUUUGCCAAUAUGGGCGAGACGUGGCAGCUCAUGGUAUCUGAUCCGCAGCUGCGUUGGAUUGGGCCGGAAAAGGGUGUGGUACACCUUGCCACGGCGGCUGUGAUCAAUGCGAUCUGGGACUUGUACGCUCGCUCCCGCGCCAAGCCUCUGUGGAAGCUGAUUUGCGACAUGUCUCCCGAGGAGCUAGUGCAGUGCAUUCCCUUCCGCUACAUCACUGACGCUAUCACCCCUGCCGAGGCGCUCAAGAUCUUACAGAAUGCUGCCAAGGGCAAGGCGGACCGAGAGGGAGAGAUGGUGGCCAACGGGUACAAAGCCUAUACCACCUCGGCAGGCUGGUCGGGCUACGACGACGCCAAGGUCGCGCGUCUCACACGCUCAGCACUCGAACAAGGCUUCAAUCACUUUAAGCUCAAGGUUGGCGCCGACGUAGCGGAUGACAUCCGAAGAUUAUCUUUGAUGCGAUCCAUCGUCGACAAUCCCAAAGAGAUGCCAACGGGGCGUAAGCAGCCUUCGGCGGAGAGCCUGGUGGGCAAAAAUGCUGGACCGACAGGCUGCGUGGUCAUGGUUGAUGCCAACCAGGUGUGGGAUGUGCAAGAGGCGAUCGACUACAUGGAGAAGCUGGCGCACCUCCGACCGUGGUUCAUCGAGGAGCCAACAGCACCGGAUGACGUUCUGGGCCAUGCUGCGAUUCGUCGAGGUAUCAAGCACCUCGGCAUUGGAGUCGCAACGGGAGAGCACGCUCACAAUCGCAUGACGUUCAAGCAGCUGCUUCAAGCCGAUGCGAUUGAUGUGGUUCAGAUUGACUCGUGUCGACUGGCGGGCGUCAACGAGAUCUUGGCGGUGAUGCUGAUGGCGAAAAAGUUUGGCAAAAUCGUCUGCCCACACGCAGGUGGUGUCGGGCUUUGCGAGUAUGUGGUGCAUCUGAGUCUGAUCGACUACAUCUGCAUCAGCGCCAACAACGAGCGAAAUGUGCUCGAAUGGGUCGACCAUCUUCACGAACACUUUGUCUAUCCUGUUAGUAUCAAUGGCGCUGGCUGCUACAACACACCGAUGGACGCUCAGGGCGGAUACAGCAUCGAGAUGCUCAAAAGCUCGAUCGAAGACUACAGUUUUCCGCAAGGAUCAUACUGGAAGAACGGCACCGCACGCACAGCACCCCCUUCGGGACACUGA